AUGGGUCUUCUUGUGCUGUUGCUAAUUCGGGAAACCUGUGCAAUGAGCAACGUUUCAAUCGCUGACGGUCAUUCAUUGGAAUUUAAUCAGACCGACUUUCACGACAACGCUAAUUCAAGUUUGGGGGUUCCUUCCAACCAGAAUGCGGAAUCCACAGUCACGGAAGCUCCCGCAAGCAUGGUUGAUCCAUGUCAAGACUCCGCUUUAUGGGGGCAUGGAGAAAUGAAUGUAUUUGAUAAAAACACUUGGGAAUCCCGUUACGUCAUCUGUGAAGAUGACACCCUUACUCCUUGCUCGCCAGAAGCUUCCUGCUGCGAGUGCAAACUUGUUUGUAUUGAAGGAUCCAACUGCACAGCAACGGGAACAUCUCCGACUGAUGAAGCACCAACAUCUCCCAGUUCUAAGGCUGACCCCAAGAAUUCAGGUAUUCCUAUCCAACCCGGACUCGAAGCAGAAGGAGUCAUGUCUCCAACAUCCUUUACUGGUUCUUCUGGGUUGGAUUUGAUUGCGCUUUUUGUAUCUUUGGUGAUAUUGCUAUCUUGUUGCGUCAACGUUGUUUUCAUUCUCCGAAAAUUAAGGAAACGAGGUCUCGAUUAUUCUCGGUAUCCCAUUCCAGUGGACACUGCAGACGCUCUCACUCGACCGGGUGCCGCUGGAAAGGAUGACCCCGUAUAUGUUGCCAAAGUGAAGCGACACGAAAAUAUCAUUCGCCAGUUUCACUUUCGCACGAUCCCCUUCUCUAAGCAAGCUGCUGGUGAAGCUUCCUCCUCUAACUCUUGGGGCACCAACGAAAGCGGGGAAACCAGUUGCGAUUUGGAAUGUCCCACCAGUCCUGGUAGCGUCCGCAGAAGGCUUCAAAUGCAAAAGAAGCGACCCAGCAAACUUUCCUUUUGGAGGCGACAGGCCCAGAAGGACGAAUGCUGCAUUUGUCUUGAAAACUAUGGUCCCGGCGAUACCAUUUGUGUUCCUAUUGCUAACUCCUGCCAUCAUAUGUUCCAUGAGGAAUGUGUGGUUGCCUGGCUUCAGCAUAAUAACAGGUGUCCUUUGUGUAGGGUGGAUCUGAUGAAGGAGGUGAAGGUUGUGGAUGACCCGCCACCAUCAGUAGACCGUUCCGUGGCAUCAUCAGCCGAGCCACGGAUACCACCAACAGAUACCAUAACUAUAACUCACCACAGUCAGGAAAUGGAAGAACCACAUACAUCCGAGUCUGACGAAGACGGUCAAAGUGAAGAAUCCGACGAAGACAUGGAAGCUCGUCAACAAGCGGCCGAGGAGGCUAGCUUAAACGAUUCACGAGAAGAAGUAGACGGGGAAGAAACAGAGCUUUAG